GCGAGAUGACUAUAUUUCGGCGGCGUACUCGUCGAGCGUAAGGGCGACUACGAAAAACACUGAUGCAAUUUUUACAGCGUACGUAAUUGAGGACUGACGGCGCCGGCGGUGUGUGCGUGCGCGUCGAGAGCGACGCCCGCGUCCGAAACGGAGGCGGAAUAUUUAGGUGAAAGUGUUUCGAAUUUCGACAUGACGACAUUCGCGCGCAGUCGUUAUCGUGACUUUGCCGAAUCGAGAGGUUCGGGGAGCGCGAGCUCGGACCACCGGCUACCCUCGCGUUUGCUCCGCAGGAAGUGCGCCUGCCGAAUGCUGAACCCAGUGCUUAUUGAAAAACUAUGCUGAGAGUUGGUGUGUCCAAAAUUUUUCGGAGACGUAAAUUAAAAGGUGAUCGGUGUAUUCAGAGCUGGUUCGAGGGAUGCUCGCGGAGCCCUAGCCACGCAAGCUGGGGCCGGACGAGGCACGCGCCGCCUCCGCGCACACGCACCGACUGCACAACAUGACUUCCACAAUGGGAAUAAUGACACUCAGCCGCGGCCCGUGUGACCUUGACAACAUGAGUCUCUUCCAAGACCUAAAACUAAAGAGGCGAAAAGUUGACUCCCGAUGUAGUAGCGAUGGCGAGUCGGCUGCCGAUACCAGCACGUCGUCGCCGGACCCGGGCCCGCCCUCGCCGCGCAUGGCCGACGCCGGCUGCAGCACGCCGCCGCACCCGCCGCCCAUGUUCGACGACGGCAGCUCACCCACGCCCACCCCGGCCUGCCACCCCACCGUCAUUCGCUCGGCGCCGCCAUACUCCGUCAUCAAGUUUGAAGGAGCCGCCAGCUCCAACAAGUCUGACAAUUCGCAUGCCAUUAAACACGCGUCGCCCACGCAACACUCCUCCGUGAAGCUGGAGGGCCCGCCGCCGGAGCCGCCGCUCCCGUACAGGCCGCGAGCGCCCGCGCCGCCGCCGCCCGCCGUGCACUCUCCUCUCGCGCCGGGGCCCUGGCCGCCAGCCGCUUGCAUCAACGGCGUCAAGCCCGAACUUAUCGGCGGCCACUUCCCGCCACAACCGCAGGAGCCCAAGACUGGUGCGCGAGGGCCUACGCAAUGGAGAGGGGCGCCCGCCGUUAUCAUGGGUGAAUCCGGGGGUGUACGCACAAUGUUCUGGACGUUACCGGCGCCCACUCCCGGGGGUGAGGCAUCUGCAACGCCGAGCGGGUCGCACACGCCAACACCGCCGGCUUCCGACCCCUCUACAUGUAGCGAGGAAUCUGCGGCUAGGCUGCUUUUAAACCUUGGUGGUGAGUUAAGGCGACAGCGCGGCCCGCCAUUGAACAUGGAACUGUUAUGGGCAGGCGACGUAUCACAGCUGCCAGCUCACCAACAGCUCCACGCUCUGAACCUGAGUGCGGCGGCAGGCAGCACGGCCGGAGCUUCAGGCGCGCCGGCCCCAAGCCCACACGCUAUGCCUCGUCCAGAACUCCGCGCCUACGCGCCCGAAGCUGAACGUGAAGAAGAUGAACAGCCCAUGAUCUGCAUGAUAUGCGAAGACAAAGCAACAGGUUUACAUUACGGAAUUAUCACCUGUGAGGGAUGCAAAGGCUUCUUCAAGAGAACUGUACAGAAUAGACGCGUGUACACAUGCGUCGCUGAUGGAGGCUGUGAAAUCACAAAAGCGCAAAGAAAUCGAUGUCAAUACUGUCGCUUCAAGAAAUGUAUCGAACAAGGCAUGGUUUUACAAGCUGUGAGAGAAGACCGCAUGCCAGGAGGACGAAAUAGCGGCGCAGUGUACAAUUUGUACAAAGUAAAAUAUAAGAAGCACAAAAAGGCAAAUAAAGCAGCGACAACAACAAGCCGGGCGUCGCCACCAGAAAAGCCUAAAGAGCCAAUGCCACCUCUCCCGCCACAUCUGGUCAACGGCACUAUUCUUAAGACUGCUCUCACCAAUCCUAGUGAGAUGUGUUGCGUUCAGGUUGUCCACCUAAGGGCUCGAUUAGAGAGCGCAGUAUCAUCCUCGCGGGACCGCGCGGUGCCGCUGGACAGGGCGCUGCACAUGAUCCGUGCCCUCAUCGACUGCGAUGCUAUGGAGGACAUCGCCACCGUGCGCCACCUACCCGAUCUCCUGCACGACACCUCAGAAAUAGGCGACAAGCUCUGCAAAAUCGGGGACUCCAUCGUUCACAAGAUGGUCGCGUGGACGAAGAAACUCCCGUUUAUAAUGGAGAUUCCGAUGGAAAUACACUCCAAGCUGCUGAUGGAAAAGUGGCACGAGAUCUCUGUGCUGACGACGGCGGCGUUCCAGGCGAUGCACGGGAAGCACGCGCACGCGCCGCCCUCCUCGGACCACGAGCACGACUUCGUACAAGAGGUGAACGCAAACCUGCGGACGCUACAGAACUGCCUCACCUCGCUGAUGGGGCGCCCCAUCACCCUGGAGCAGCUGCGGCUGGACGUGGGGCUGGUGGUGGAGAAGAUGACGCAGAUCACCUGCGUCUUCCGCCGCAUACAGCUUCGGAUGGAGGAGUACGUCUGCCUCAAAGUCUACAUAUUGUUGAACCAAGAAGUGGAACUGGAAGGCAUUCAGGAGCGAUACGUGCAGGUUUUACGCAGUUAUCUGGAACACGCAGCUCCCCACCAUCCCGGCAGAUUGCAGGAACUUUUUGCCAGGAUACCUGAGAUCCAAGCAGCGGCGAACCUCCUACUCGAGAGCAAGAUGUUCUAUGUGCCGUUUGUGUUAAACUCGGCAGAGAUCAGAUAGUACGUGUAGUCGCGCCGCGCGUCUUAUGUCACCACCUGUGUUCACUGCCCCGGCACAAGAGCUCGUACAAAUGUUCCUAGUCGCCCGCCAAGGGGCCCGGCCGCUCGGUGCGGCUCGGGACCGCCGCCGAGCCCCCGGCACGGGCAGCCCUCACCGCGCGAUAGUGAACUCCCUGCGAGCACGGCUACAUUACAUACUCGCGCCCACGAGUCCAUGUGUGUAACGAUGUUUAUUUUAGAGGAAUUAAAACGUCCCAAUUGACAGACUGAUUUUUAUUAAUAGUUCUUAUGUGAUAAGCGCCAGGGACUCGAAUGCGUGUUUUAUACCUACGUGGUAGUGUAUACUAAUUAGUGUAAAUUAGUUUAAUGUUAGUUAAUAUUUAAAACUGACAGAGGGAUCGCAUAAUAUAUUAUUUCUGUAAAUAUAGAGUACUUUAUAGCAUAGGUAGAUUGUUAAGAUGUUGUUUUAGAUAGAUUUGUUUCUUGUACAUGGAAUAUUGCUGUUUUAGUUUGCAUUUUAUAUCGUGUAGGGGUACCUAACCAGUGUAAUGUAAUAAUGAGAAUUUUACCUGUCUAAGACUUGUUGGUAAGUAAUGUUAUGUAAGUAGACUGUAAGGACGUACUCUCAGUGUUUACCAAGACUGCUUGUAUACAACUGUACUGUUUAUACACUAACAAACAUAAUGUUCUAUAGUCACAACUUAUGCAUUUUUAUUGCCAAUAUUUCGCAUAGACACGUUUCGUGCAUUAUAAUUUUAUCUAAUGUUUUCUCUUGUCCCUAUUCUGACUUAAACAAUUAAUGUAAGUGUCCGGUGUACAUUGUAGACGGUGUUUUAUUAUAAUUGCUUAUUGCAUUUCUCUAAACGAAGUUAACUUUACGUGUACCUAUUGUACAGGUGCUUUACACCUUCGUUUGAUACUGUGUUUAGACAAAUUCGAGCUCAAUUCCUCAGUCACUAAUUGCGAUAAAUAAGUGUGUAGGUAAUAUACAUCACAUAUCUCACUCGAGACAUCCAUCCCACCCUAUGUUCGAAUUUAAAGCACUUAUACGUAAAUAUCGGUCUACUAAAUUGGUAGAGAUAUACCUAGUUUCUUUGUCACUGAACCAAAAAACAGGAUAAACUUAAUAAAGAAUCAUUCCUUCUUAGUCAUUUAUUAGCAACGUAUAGGUUCAUUCCCCGCAAAACUUUCUCACCAUCGUCAUCUUCCGUUCAACUUCCUUUCCGACAACAUUAUCUCAUAGAACUUCCAUAUUUAUCCCGUACUCAUACAUUAUGUAUAAAAUAAAUAGGUAAAUGAAACUUAAUUGUAUAACGUUAAUAAUACUACUUUAAAUAAAUAGAAACAAAGAGACUUUCUCACCUU